AUAGGGUGUGUCCAUCAGUGCGCCCUCUUACAUUACGUGUCGCCAUCAGAGUGCAACUUUACAUCAGGUGCGCCCAUCAGAGUGCCCCUUUACAUCAAGUAUCCCUAUCAGAGUGCCCCCUUACAUCAGGUGUGCCCAUCAGAGUGCCCCUUUACAUCAGAGUGCCCCUUUAGAUCGGGUGUGCCCAUCAGAGAGCCCCUUUACAUCAGGUGUGCCCAUCAGAGUGCCCCUUUACAUCAGGUAUCCCCACCAGAGUGCCCCUUUACAUCAGGUAUCCCGAUCAGAGUGCCCCUUUACAUCAGGUGUGCCCAUCAGAGUGCCCCUUCACAUCAGGUGUGCCCAUCAGAGUGCCCCUUUACAUCAGGUAUCCUUAUCAGAGUGCCCCUUUACACCAGGUAUUCCCAU